CUCAAGCCAGGACAACAAGCAGCAGGGUGAUUUCCACAGCCGACCCGGGGAUGCUCCUGAGCGGAUGUUAACACCUUGACUCUGUGUGGUUCAUGUCGUUGCAGACUUGUACGGACUCCAACGUUUUCCCCGAGUCGGCCUCGCUUUCACCCAGGACCGUCUAUUGAGGGAGCCGAGCGGAGAACCGACACUUCAGCCCCGGACCGGAGGAGGAGCCGCUACCAGCUAACAGAGACUCCCAGCUGUGGUGGAGUCGAACCUUCAGAGCUCCUGAUCAGUAAACACCGGGCGGAGGAACGAGCGAUCAUCUGGCCGAGGACAGCCGCGUCCAGAGGAGAUAAGUCCAGUUGUCCCGGUUCCAGGAGAGCGUCUGUUACCACGGCGGCCGACACUGUCACGUCCGAACCGAAAGGAAAAAAAAAAGCGGCGUCCAGCCUCCAUCCAGUUUGUUGAGGAUGAAUCACUUAUCCCUCAGUGAGCUAUGCUGCCUGUUCUGCUGUCCACCAUGCCCCAGUAAGAUCGCCUCCAAGCUGGCCUUCCUGCCCCCGGAGCCCACCUACAGCCUCAUGUGCGACGAGAGCGGCAGCAAAUGGACGCUGCACCUCUCUGAGCGCGCCGACUGGCAGUACUCGGCCCGUGAGAAGGACGCCAUCGAGUGUUUCAUGACGCGCACCUCGAGAGGGAACCGCAUUGCCUGCAUGUUUGUCCGCUGCUCUCCCAGCGCCCAGUACACUCUAUUAUUCUCCCACGGAAACGCAGUGGAUUUGGGCCAGAUGAGCAGCUUCUACAUCGGUCUUGGCUCGCGGAUCAACUGCAACGUCUUCUCGUACGACUACUCGGGUUACGGGGCCAGUUCUGGGAAGCCCUCAGAGAAGAACCUGUAUGCUGAUGUAGACGCCGCCUGGCAGGCCCUCCGGUCAAGGUAUGGCAUCCGUCCAGAGAGUGUCAUCGUGUACGGCCAGAGCAUUGGCACCGUGCCCUCAGUGGACCUGGCAUCUCGCUAUGAGAGCGCCGCAGUCGUCCUCCACUCCCCACUCACUUCAGGCAUGAGAGUGGCCUUCCCCGACACCAAGAAGACCUACUGCUUCGACGCCUUCCCAAACAUCGACAAGAUUUCCAAGGUAACGUCACCGGUGCUGGUGAUCCAUGGCACAGAGGACGAGGUCAUCGACUUCUCCCACGGCCUGGCGCUGUAUGAACGCUGCCAGCGCCCCGUGGAGCCGCUCUGGGUAGAGGGGGCCGGACACAACGACGUGGAGCUCUACGGACAGUACCUGGAGAGACUCAAACAGUUUGUCGCCCACGAGCUUGUCAACUUGUAGAGGACCUGAAGAUGAGGGCGGAGAGGGAAGAAGAGAAAAGCGAAGAAAGCUGGUAGCUUCUAGGAAAGGUCGGAUGAUGGACAAGGAGUAGAAGCAGUAGAACUUUUUAUCCCCGUGAAGUAACGCAGGUAGAAGUGUUGAUCGGCUUUGUAGUUCUGACCUCCUGAUGGUUGACUUCUCUUGUCAUGCCCCUCUCCCCCUCGGAGCUCCAGGGGUCCCGGGCUCAGGACCUGUCCGUAUCGUCCAUUCCACAUGCUGCAGCUGUGAACUUACAACUACACAUAAUUUAGCUAUUUUCUUCGUUGUUGUUUUUGCUUCUUUUUUUUUUGUAUCAUGUUUAAAGUUGCACAUCAUUAUAAUGCGUGAAUGAAAGAGGAAGCAGUCAUGUGCACAGACAACAUACCAUGUGUAUAUGCAAUAUUGUAGUGUGUGUGUGUUGGGGGGGGGGGUUGUGUGUGAGAGUAUGUUUGUGUCUCUCACAUUCUUGCUGCCUUUUCGAGGAGGACGUGAUCCACAGUUGUUGCUGGAGACUUCUGGUCGGCUUCUGAGGCUGUUGACGCUCAGAGAAAUGGCCUUGAUUCAAACUGGACUGGACCAGAACCAUACAUGUCACCUGUCCGACUUUGAGGUCGGGUCCUAAACAGUGCAGUCACCAUGUUUUGUUUUUUUUUAAUUACUAUUUGUUAUAUAUUUUUUUAUAUUAUACAAGAUAUUUGCACGUCACAGCUGUCACUGAAGAACUGUACCCGACAAACUGACGUAUCGCCCCGCUGUGCCAGUCUUGCCAAAGGUUAAGUGUGAUAUAUUCCAGAGGCUUAGCUUAGGUUCUGAAAAUCCGGUUUAGAAACAUCUCCAAAGCUCCGCUAGCUGUCAUUCAGCUAGCCGUCUUCAGUCUGUGCCUCUGUCUUCAGUCCCAGAAUGGUACAAUGUCGCAAAGCUCAGUGAGCAGGUCUGUCGCCAGUUAAGAGGCUGUAAGUCAUUGACCAAUAAAGAGUGGGAUAUUUCCUCACGUUGUGUUUUGAAACAUUUCCACAGUUCCCUACUUCUGAGUUUACCUUGAUGUUUUGUUGCAGUAAGAUCAGUGUCAUUACGAUAGAGUGGUAAACUCCCAUGCCUCCAGCAAAAUGAAAUCACAGACCUUGAUACAGUAUCUAUUAAGAAUCCCAGUGUUGACAGUGUUAUUUCUAUCAAGUUAAAUAAUGUAUGUAGUUGUUAUUCUAGAUCUUGUUUAUGUACCUGAAUCAGAUCUUGUGUCUUUAUAUUAUUAAAACAUUUAACCACUCUGACAGCAGCUACCGGCCUGUGCCCUGCUCCAGAACUUCCACCACUAAUGCCAAUCAGGACUGAACGUGGUCAACGAAGCCGGUGUUGGUUUAUUUUCAGUUCAGGAACUUGUUUAAAGAUGAAAGUGUUGUAUUUUAAGUUAUUGAGAAGCUUUUACAGCACUACAUUUGAGGUGAAAAUUAAAGGACGCUCAACCCGGGUGCUGUGAGAGUAAGCGGCUCAAAAUGUAAGGCCGUCAUCAUGGAGAGUGUUUUUUUUUUUUUCUGUCUCCAUGGUAUUUCUGGAACCAUUGUCUGUUGAUUUGCUGUUGGAUUCUGUGAGGCAAAACAAAGCGUCCGCCAGCUGACGCCUCCAUUAGGCCACUGAACAGGUAAAUGUCACGCUGCAUGCCACAAAAGGCUCCUUUGACACACUCACUUAAAAACUGUAUGGAUCAUUUUUCUCAUGAAUAUUUUUCAUACUUUGUGGAAUAAAACAUUGUCAAAUGCUGUUUAAUGACAAUUAAACAACAAGCCAAUUGGUGCUACUGUAAACCUUCAGGUCUAUUCACUUGCAGAAUGAGAGGAAACCAUGACAGCUUGUCAGAUUGACGAAAGAUCAGUAUCGGUAACUCAUGUGUCACACAAUGAUGAAAUAUGAAAACCACUGUUUCACAGCUCAUUAGUCUUAUAAACAGGGUUGUGCUUUCUUUUCACUUUGUAAAUGAUUUGUUUUUGUACUGGACAUGCCAUUAACAUUUUUUUCCAUCAUCUCUCAACUGUAUUUCUUAUUUCUCUAACGACUAUUAAAGACAUGGGUAGGCCAUCAUUUCUGGCUUUUCUGGUGACCUAUGAACUGGUCGCCCCGACCAAUCUCAACCUUGAUUUGAUUAGAUUAAUUUUGUACAGCGUAUUUCAAUACAGAAGGAACUUAUAUGUAAUAACAAUAUUAAUAUAGUAAUUCUAACAUGGAUAGAGAAAAUAAAAUAUUUGAGAAGCAA